CCACAACAUUUGUCGCUGUGUGACUUGAGACAUACCUAUUGUCGCAAGGGCAUAUAAGUCUCAAAACUCUCAGUCACUCACGGACACCAGACUAAAGAGGCGCUGCGAUCAUUUUCCAGCCGCCAUCACGGACCACCGAGAUCUACACUGCCAAUUUGCGGAGGCUCAAUCCCAACAAUAAUCACUAUGUGCCAAGAACACGAGAACCAGAACAAUGACCACCUGGUCCAAUCCUCCGACCCGGAGCACCCGGCUAACCUGAUUCCCGAUCUCUGUCGCCGAUUUUACAACUGGGGUUGGGUUACCGGUACUGGUGGUGGGACUUCCAUCCGCCAGGGCGAACACAUUUUCAUUGCGCCCUCGGGUGUGCAGAAGGAGAUGAUGAAGUCCGAGAACAUCUUCGUCCUGCAGUUCCCCACGCCCAAGUACCCCCCGUCUGAGCGCAAGUACAUCCGCAAGCCUCUCAACCUGAACCCCUCCGCUUGCACUCCUCUGUUCUUGGCUGCCUUUGAACGCGGCGCCGGAUGCUGCAUUCACACCCACUCCCAGUGGGCCGUCCUGGUGACGCUUCUGGUCGAGCGCGAGAGGGGCCCCGAUGCCUGCUUUGAGAUCAGCAACAUCGAGCAGAUCAAGGGUAUUCCCGCUGGAAAGGGCAAGGGCUAUCUGGGCUUCUUCGAUACCUUGCGCAUCCCCAUUAUCGACAACACGGCGUUCGAGGAGGAUCUGACUGGUAGCUUGGAGAAGGCGAUGGAUGCGUACCCGGACACCUAUGCCGUCCUUGUCCGUAGACACGGAAUCUACGUCUGGGGUGACACCGUUGCCAAGGCGAAGACUCAGUGUGAGAGCUUGGACUAUUUGUUCCAGCUUGCUGUGGAAAUGCACAAGCUUGGUCUUCCCUGGGUGAAAUAGGAGUCUCGUUUGUUAGUAGCAUAGCCAUGAUGACGGAGCGGAGUUUAUAUAUAUGGGAUAAAUGCGUGGUCAAAGUUGAUUAUGGAAGGGAGGGAUUCACACACGAGUUCUCAUGCAAUGACGAGUGUAUGCCAAUCGCACAGCAUAUUUUUGUAGUACAGAGUAGACACAGC